AUGCUCGCCACAAACCCCAUCACCAUUAAUAUCCACGCCGAACUCCACAACCCACCCCAACAACCCAAACAACAGCCAGAAGACGACCAGCACUCCGAGCACCACAUCCCCCAGGAUGAAACCACCAACCAGCUCCCCAUCCAGAACGGCAAUCCAAGCACCACCAAGCUAACCAGCACGCAGCCAGACAACAGCCAGCCAACUGUCUACCAGAUCCCGCCAACCGAACCAAACAGCGCUGCCCAUCCUUCCAAGCCUCCGGUGUCCUCGGACGACGAUCAGCUGGACUCAUUCCUCUCCAAAGACAACCCCACCACCCCCCUCAAGCUCAACAGCACCACGCCUGCCCCAACUACCACCCCCACUACGCCAGAGCCACCUAAGGACAAGAAGAACGAGCCCGCUCCGGUCCGGUCUACCGACACCCCCGCCUCCGCCGCGCUCCCCAACAGCACCGAUGCCGGACUCGCCCAGCCGAACACCCCCGAUGGCCUGGCCCCGCCCCUCGCCAAGGAUAACAUCACCUCGCUCCCCGUCAAGGCCAACAACACCCCGCCGGCUGAAGUAGGGCUCCCCCAGCCGGACACCACCAGGCAGAAGCCGGACGACAACUCGGCCUCGUUCCUGUCCAAGGAUAACGUCACUUCCCUCCCGUUCAAGUUUAACAAUACUGGUGGAGCCACUCAGCCGGACAAGAAAGCUAGCACGGAUGAUAACUUGGCCCCCUUCCUGGCCAGCGAUAACGUCACCUCGUCUUCCCUUCCGUUCAAGUUCAACAACACCGGAGCGAAUCAGCCGGACAAGAAAACUAGCACGGAUGAUAACCUGGCCCCCUUCCUGGCCAGCGAUAACGUCACCUCGUCUUCCCUUCCGUUCAAGUACAACAACACUAGUGCAGCCACUCAGCCGGACAAGAAGACUAGCACGGACGAUAACUUGGCCUCGUUCCUCUCCAAGGAUAACGUUACUUCCCUCCCCUUCAAGUUCAACAACACUAGUGCAGCCACUCAGCCGGACAAGGAAACUAGCACGGAUGAUAACUUGGCCCCCUUCCUGGCCAGCGAUAACGUUACGACGUCUUCCCUUCCGUUCAAGUUCAACAACACUGGAGCCGCUCAGCCGGACAAGAAGACUGGCACAGACGAAAACUUGGCUCCCUUCUUGUCCAGCGAUAACGUCACCUCGUCCUCCCUUCCGUUCAAGUUCAACAACACCGGAGCCGCUCAGCCGGACAAGAAGACUAGCACGGACGAUAACUUGGCCUCGUUCCUCUCCAAGGAUAACGUUACUUCCCUCCCCUUCAAGUUUAACAACACAGGAGCCGCCCAGCCGGACAAGAAGACUGGCACAGACGAAAACUUGGCUCCCUUCUUGUCCAGCGAUAACGUCACCUCGUCCUCCCUUCCCUUCCAUUUCAACAAUACCGGAGCCGCUCAGCCGGACAAGAAGACUAUUACGGACGAUAACCUGGCCUCGUUCUUGUCCAAAGAUAACGUUACUUCCCUCCCGUUCAAGUUUAAUAGCACUAGUCCUGUCGAUCCGGACAAGAAAACUGGCACGGAUGACAACUUGGCAUCGUUUUUGUCCAAGGAUAACGUCACUUCCCUCCCGUUCAAGUUCAACAAUACUGGAGCAAAUCAGCCGAACAAGGAGCCGAAUACGGCAGAUAACUUGGCCUCGUUCUUGUCCAAAGAUAACGUUACUUCCCUCCCGUUCAAGUUCAACAACACCGACGUCGGGGCUGCCCUGACAUCAUCCAAGUUGAACUCAACCGACGACGAUAAACUCAACCAGCCUUCGUCGUUGAUGAAUGCGACGCUAACUUCGGCUCCGUUCAAAUAUAACACGACCGGCGGUGGCACUCUCGACCAGGCUAAUGCCACUCUACUCUCUCUUCCCAUCACGGCUGACCACAACGCUACUGGUGUGGCUCAUCUGAACGGCAGCGAGUCUGGAACCAGCUUGACCGCAAUCGGUCUAGAUGCGGAUAAAACCAACGCCACCUUGGCAUCCAACACCUUCCAGCUCAACUCGACCGCGGGCACCCUGCUCCAGAACAAUGUCUCUACGGACAACGCCGUCCUGUCAUCGCCCCCGUUCAAGUACAACAGCACUACUCUCAACUCUGCAGCAGAUGCUAACAGCACCAAUACCACCACCGCCACACCUGCGUAUACUCCUAGCGAACACAGCAAGCCUGCACCAGCCUUUGUUCCCGUCACCUCCCUGUUCACUAACCCACGCCCGGCCGAGCCAGUCAAUACAACGACCGCCGCCCCGGUCGUUGAGAACUCGCUACCUUCUGCUGGUACACCACCCAAGAAAGCCACAUCCACCCCCUUCCCGUCCAGCUGGCCGCGAUACAUCGUGCCGACAAAUGCACCCAGCUCGGCGCCUGCGAACUCGACACUGAUCUCGAUCCUGUUCACCGAUGCGCUCAACUGGCCCUGGAUGGUCACCAACUCCAACGCCUCCUCCCAGGUGCUCGUCUUCAUGCCCGAGUUGAUCGCGGCAACCCUGCAGAUCCCUGAGGACCAGGUGGUGACCCAGUCCUUGCAAGCCUACCAGCCCGCUAACUUCAAUCCGAGUAACGAGGCCAGCAUGCUGACCCUCUGGCUAGGCUACAUUCCUAGCCAGUACGUCGGCCAGCUGCAGGCCAUGAUCCACGCUCCGCAGAGUCGCUUUUACACCAACGCCAACUCGGUCUUGAGGGCCUUGGCCCAAACUGUCAACCCUUCGCUACCUAUCUCGACGUAUGAGAAGAAGAUCCCCGCGAGUCAAGCGGCAGUGAACCCGACGGCCACCGAUGAAGGGGAUGCGCCGGCGACGAACCAAGGGCAAAAGAUAGCGGUGAUAGCAUCAGUGACGACGUGUGGAGCUGCGAUCCUUGCGAUCGGGCUAGUGAUAGCGGCGCGGCAGUCGCGGCGACGGAUGGUGGGACGGUCCCAACCGGGCUCGUCGUCGAGUCUGCGGAUCGGGGCGCCGAUGAUCGGCAGUUUCCAGCGCGGACAGGACGGCCGGCCGGUUCCGAACCGGCACGCCUCGAUGACCCAGGUCUCCUCGGCCCUGCCCGUCUCGCCUCACAUGGGCGGAGGAGGAGGAGGCAGCUCGGAGACGGACUCGUACGUCCGGCACGAGUUCGGCCAGGCUAGGACCACCUCGCUUAUCCAGCACCCCUUCCAGAGCUCGGCGGAUAGUCGGAUCAGCUGGUGGGGCAGGAUGAGCGGCAUCCUUGGUGGCGGUGCUGGGGCUUCCCAGUCUCGCCACGAGGACCAUUCCGGGAACGCCGACCACACUAACCUCUCCUUCGAGUCCGCCGUCGACGCCUUCCAUUCCCCGCCCUCCCCCGCUGCUCACCCCCCCUCUCAGCGUCACAACCCUCAUUCGAGGAGAGUCCAGAUCACUCGCGGGGCUGAUGGACUUGUCUCCGGCAUCGGCAGACCCGUCAUGAAGGAAAACUCGCUGUUCUUUUAA